AUGCAAGACCUGGACAUAAUGGCGGGGGUCAAUAGAAAUGAGGGCUCAAAGCUAGCUUAUGAAGCUUUUCCACAACUGCAUAGUAAUAUCACUGAUAAAGACUUUGAUGACUUGGUGGUCGCCAUAAAUAGCUCAUACCAUGGAUUAAAACUACCAAAUUUGAGACAAUUUUAUCUCAAAGAUGACCACAAAAAUCACUCGUCGGAUGUGUUAAGGCAAGCGUUUUACGAUCUUUUCGGUGAUGUUGGCAUCAAAUGUCCGACAUAUCUAACGGCCAAACAAUACGCCAAUUAUGCCAUCAAAAGUGGUUCAAAAAGUCGUUCUCAAUUUGCUAAAAUAUUGGAUUGCGGUGAGAAUAUGGGUAUCUGUCAUGAAUCGGAUGUGGAGUUUGUGUUUGGACUUCCCCUAUGGGUCGACAAACUAUAUCCUAAAACUCAUACCCAACUGGACGUGGAUUUCAGUUUAUAUGUCAUGAAACUGUGGACUGAUUUCGCAAAAUAUGGUAAACCGGAUGACCAAUGGCCGCAUAUAUUGGAUGACAAGAACAAUAUCAAAAUUAAAGACUUGAAUCCAACGAAUACGAGUCGAGCCAUGUCAUAG